UUCUUCAAUUUUCCAACACUACCACAAUCCUGUAGGAGUGCAGACACAUUAUGAUGGGUCCAAUUAUUCACAGUAUUCUUUCAUUGAUGAAAAUAGACCUAAACCAACUUUGUUCUACCCCUAACCGUUUUGAUCAUUACAUGAGAUAACACAACUGAAAAUAGGAAAAAAGGAAAAAUGUGAGGUUGAGGUUGGUCCUUUAGUACAGAGAAGUAAAAAUGGGAAACAUUGUACUCUGAUAUCACUACCUUAUAUCCCUGUUUUCUGGAUUCUGAUCCUUUAUUCAUCCCAUCCAUGUUUUACUUUUCUUGAUUUUUUCUAUUCUCACCAAAUAAAAAUGCCACCUUCAACAUUUUAUCUGACUGAAUUUCCCUCUUUUCUUUCAUUGCAGUUAUGCCAGCUUUGUCAUAAAUGAAACAUGGAGAACCAAACCACAGUGACUUAUUUUCUGCUUCUAGAAUUCUCAAAAAAUAGGCAUCUGCAGCUUUUGCAUUUUUUCUUCUUCUUUGUGUUAUAUCUGACAACUGUAACAGCAAGUGUUCUCAUUAUCACUGCAGUAGCUUUCGACCAUCGCCUGCACAGUCCCAUGUACUUCUUUCUCAUGAAUUUGGCUCUACAAGACAUAGGCUCUGUUUCAAUCAUUGUCCCCAAAUCCAUGAUAAAUUCUCUCAUGGACACCAGACACAUCUCGUAUCAUGGUUGUGCUGCUCAAAUCUUUCUCUUUAUCUCCUUUGCGGCUUCUGAUUUCUUCCUCCUGAUAGUUAUGGCAUAUGAUCGGUAUGUUGCCAUUUGCCACCCACUGCACUAUGAGAUGGUGAUGAAUUGGAAAUACUGUACUGAGAUAAUAAUUCUGGUGUGGGCUUCAGGUCUCCUCUAUGGAACGUUGCAUACCACUGGCACUUUUUCCAUCCUUUUUUGUUCUAAUGUGGUCAAUCAAUUCUUCUGUGAAAUUCCACAGUUGCUAAAACUAUCCUGCUCUGGCAUAAAUCUACUUGAGGUUGGAAUUCUUGUGGCCGGUGUCAUCGCUGCAAUAGGUUGUUUUACUUUUAUACUUGUAUCUUAUGCAGUGAUCUUCAAGACAGUUUUAAGAAUCCCUUCUGAAAAAGGAAGGCAAAAAGCCUUAUCCACUUGUAUUCCCCAUCUUACGGUAGUCUCUAUGUUCUUAUUAAGUGGAUGCAUUGCCAAUCUGAGACCUUCUUCUAACACUCCAUCUUAUUUAGAUUUUACUUUGACUGUUCUGUAUUCCCUCCUUCCACCCCUGUUCAAUCCAAUUAUCUAUAGCAUGAGAAAUAAGAAUAUCAAAUAUGUCCUUUCUCAACUGUGUAGGUUUUAA